UUUGACGACGUCUACUUGUUACGUCACCGCCGCGUGGCCCGACGCUCGGCCGACCCGUCGCUGCUGCACCACGAGAAACUCAUCUCCGAGCCUCAUGUGCGGUGGGCCGAGCAGCAGGUGGUGAAGCGGCGAGUGAAGCGGGACUUCAUGCACCAAGAUCGCUCCGCCAAGUACACCUCCACGUGGAUGGACGAUCCCAAGUGGCCGCAGAUGUGGUAUUUGAACCGCGGCGGCUCCCUGGACAUGAACGUGCAGCCUGCGUGGGCGGAGGGCGUGUCCGGCAAGGGCGUCGUGGUGACGAUCCUGGACGACGGCCUGGAGAAGGACCACCCCGACCUCAUAAAAAACUACGACCCCAAUGCCUCGUACGACGUGAACAGCCACGACCCUGACCCGAUGCCCCGCUACGACCUGGUGGACUCGAACCGCCACGGGACGCGCUGUGCCGGCGAGGUGGCCGCCGACGCCAACAACUCCAUCUGCGCCGUCGGGGUGGCCUACGAGGCGUCUGUGGGAGGUGUCCGCAUGCUGGACGGCGACGUGACGGACGCAGUGGAGGCGCGGUCCCUGGCCCUCAACCCGCAGCACAUCGACAUCUACUCGGCGUCUUGGGGCCCCGACGACGACGGCAAGACGGUGGACGGGCCGGGGCAGCUGGCCACGCGCGCCUUCGUCGAGGGCAUCCGGAACGGGCGAGGUGGUAAGGGUUCCAUCUUCGUGUGGGCUUCAGGAAACGGAGGUCGAGAUCAAGACAACUGCAACUGCGACGGCUACACGAACUCCAUCUGGACCCUGAGCAUUUCGUCAGCUACAGAAAGGGGUCGCGUCCCGUGGUACUCGGAGGCGUGCAGCUCCACCCUGGCGACGACCUACAGCUCCGGCUCGCUUGGGGAGAAGCAGAUCGUGACCACCGACCUGCACCACUCCUGCACGUCGUCGCACACGGGCACGUCGGCCUCCGCGCCCCUCGCCGCCGCCAUCUGCGCGUUGGCCCUGCAGGUGAACCGAGACCUGACGUGGCGCGACAUGCAGCACAUCGUUGUCCGAACGGCGCGGCCCGAGAACCUGGAGGCGCCCGACUGGCAGAGCAACGGCGUCGGCCGCCACGUCUCGCACAGGUUUGGUUACGGCCUCAUGGACGCCUACGCCAUGGUCCAGCUGGCCCGCAACUGGACCAGUGUCCCGACGCAGAGGAAGUGCGAGGUGGCCGCGUCGCACAUCGACAAACUGAUCCCACAGAAGAGCUUCGUCACGCUGGAACUCGAUGUCACAGACUGCCCGGGCGUCAACUACCUGGAACACGUGCAGGCCAAGGUAUCGCUGACAGCUGAUCGCCGAGGUGACAUUGAGAUCUACCUGUCGUCGCCGUCAGGAGUGAAGUCCACUCUCCUCGCCCAGCGCCCGCACGACAACUCCCGCACGGGCUUCCACUCGUGGCCUUUCAUGACCGUCCACAUGUGGGGUGAGCGACCCCUGGGAAAGUGGAAGCUGGAGAUCCACAACAACGGACACUUCUUCACCACAGGAGCCACCCUACUGGAGCGCUGGACACUCAUCUUUUAUGGCACCAGAAUAAACCCAGACAAGUGGCAGGCACGCUGGGGGCGCAGAGACCGUGGUGGGGGGGUCGGGGGAGGAAGGGAGACCGCCCCGGCCAUCUCCCGUCCUCCUCCUCCUCACCCGUCGACCACUCCUCCUACCACGACUACCACAUCUACCACACCCGGUACCACACCCAGACCAUGGCACUCCUACCAGCCUAAAAAACCCACAUACUCUUUACCCCCACAACCUCCACACUACGAGUCACAUCCUGCCCCCAUUCGCCCGCCCAACCACCGCGACAGCUCCCAUCACAAGGACAAAGCUGAGGUGAAGGAAUGGAGCCUGAUUCUGUACGGCACGGAGACGGAGCCCGGGCAGCCGGUGUCCCCGCAGCAGGACACCCAGUCCGCCGACGAUUCCCACGCCAGCGACACGGCCGUGCACGAGUCCGUCGACACCACCGAAGGCAAGACAGAGACUCGGGACCCUGACAGCAUGGGCGUGGGCCACUCGUCGGCUGCGGCAGCCUCGCCGACUCCAACUCCCUAUACGCUACAGCUGUCGGCCAUCCAGAAGGCGCUGCCACCUGGCUGCAGCCGCGUGGACGCCGCUGGGGCCUGCAUAGAAUGUUCGCAACCUUUUCUAAUUGAUACAGACGUGGGUACUAAGAAGAAGAGGGAGACUCUCCUCCAAUGCGAGAAGAACCAUCUUCUGCAUGGAGGUUUGUGUGUAGCCUCUUGUCCGGAGCACUACUAUGGCUGGUUCCCUGAAAGGCUUGGAGCCACGGGGCCCCCUACAUGCAGGCCCUGUCACUACUCUUGCCGCAGUUGUUCGGGGCCACAGGAUUAUGAUUGCUCAAGUUGCUGGGGGGAUGCUGUGCUCUACACUGCUUAUGAGGGUCAGAACUACUGUCACCCAAGCACCCUCCAUGAUGCCUAUGAAAGCCUACAGUCCUGGUACAAGUUCCUGCUGGGUAUCCUCCUGUGCCUGCUCAUAUUGGUGCUGAUUCUUGCGGUGCUGGUUCUGCGAGCCAAGAAUGCAUCAAGGAGGUCGUACCCUGUUGUUGGAGUGCCUUCCCUUAGUCCAGGGGCUGGUGCCAAGUCUGCAAGUAAUGGUGGCACUGCGUACGCACCUGUGCCAAAGGGAGACGCGGACGACCUGCUGACAAAAAUAACUUUCCAUGAUCUUACGAGUGAGGACGAGAUAUAGUUAUGAUUCUUUUUUGCAAAUUUUAAUUGGAGAGAGGUUUAGAAAAAAGUUUAGAAAAAAAAAAAAGUAUUGUGAAUUGAUUUUUUAAAAAUUUUGUUCUCAUUCUUUUUCUUAGUACUUAUAACAUAGUAAUUUAGAAAUUUAAAAGACAUAAAGGUUCACCUAAUAGUGAAUUUAUAAGAACUAUAAGGCAUUGUUGUAAAGCAAUAUAAAGAUCAAUAGUUUGUCAGUUAAUGCUUUUGGAAUAUCAUAUUUUAAUGUAAAAUUUUGUAUGACAAAGUAUGAUCUAUUUAUGUGGGUUUUGAUGGUAAAUUUGUUUUAUGGUUAGGCACUGUUUUUGUCGAUAAAAUUCUGUUAUUGGUUUUGUUUGAAUGGUAAUUUUAAUUGAGGGAUAGUAAUGAUGAACUUAAUAUGCAUACUUAAUGUUUUACAAAAUGAAUAAUGUGAGAUUAAAUGCAAAGCAAUUUGUUUUUAUUAUGAGAUAAUAUAUUAAGGAUGAUAUACUUUAUAGUGCUGAUUAGCAUUGGAACAGUUAGAUUAUUGAUGUUUUAUGCGAGUUCAAAUGGUGAAGAAAAGAUAGAUUUUAAACAAUGCCUAAAUGUGUAUCAGUACACGUAAUUCAUGGUAAAGAUAAAACAAGUUCCAAAUUGCUAUUGAGUACAAAGCAAUGCCGAAAAGUACUCUGGGCAUUAUUGUCUUUUACUCAAAGCUCACCAUACAUACUGUGAUAGGAUGAACAUUUCCCACAAAAUGUCUCCUUGCACUCUGUGGCUUCGUUGCAUCCCUGUGGUCGUAAACAAUGCACAAAUUACUGAGUCCUAUAGUAGCUUAUGUGCUAUCUGUAGGGAGUAGAUGUAUUGCUAAUUGUGUUCGACUUGGCUAAUUAAACACCAUUCAUGAAAAUAAUCUAGUGUAUACUUGUUGUUUACUCUUGAAGGGAUGCGAGAAAUCACGAAGAAUGUAAGGAAAGUUUUUGUGUAAACUGUGCAGAUGGUGAGUGUUCCAGCUGGUUCUUGUCUGGUCAUCAAUAUUUUUUGUAUUUAUUUUAGUCUCUUUUUUUUUAAUAUUUUAAUUAUUUUGAUGAUCACCAACUACCGUAGAUUCUCAUUAAGACCAAGGGGAAAGAAAAUUAUAUGCUGGGUAUGCAGAACAGACUAGUUAAAUGUGGAAUGUUAUGGUAUUCAAUCGUUCACUCAAGCCUCAGUCAUGGCAGUUGUAAAGCAAAAACAGGGAACUUCAGGUGUUUGUGCUUUUAGGGUUUCCUUCUCAAGCAGUUAAGUUGAAAAUAGAGGAAAGCACCGAACACUAGGGACAAGUGUAAAAUAGACCUUAGAAAAACUACUCUUUAGAAUGGAGCAUUGUAACUUGCCCUUGCCAGAUUGAGAUUGAGAAAGACUGAAAGUUCCAGAUAGAAAUAAUAGUUGUCAUCAUUUUUAGGGAUUUGAAAUAUUUUUAUAAUUCAGUGCCUUUUUAAAUGUACUAUUCAUGAGUACCUGUAGAGCUGAAUAAGAUUAAUAUGUAUGCUAUGUUGGUUCUCCAGAUUUUAUUAUAUUUUUCCAAUAGGAUGUAGGAGUUCUAGGUUAUUUGCUGUGAACUCAUUAAAAAAAAAAAAAGCAUUUAAAUAAAGCAGGAGUAUAGAAUAUAAUCUUUUAUCAUAAUGUUUGUUUUACCAGAUUUUUUUUUUGAUUUUUUUCUAAUGUAAAUUAACAGAGCAGCAAAUGAUAUUAGAAUCCUGUCAUAAAGAUUUAUAAUGGUAGCAUAGCCACAAAGUAUCCUCAAGUGCCUUUGAUGAUUUCACCAGUUUUCAUCUGUGAUGCUGACAUUUUCUUUAUUCAUAGUUUUCCAAAAUCUCCCGAUGCUGAAUUAUCACACUUUCAAGAUUCAUGUUAAUUCUCAUACAGUGAGUUCAGGGUACGAGGAUUUUUUAUAUAUAUAUAUAUAAAGAACAAAUACCAUUGACCAAUGUAAUUGUAUUUUUUCUUCUGGAUACUGUUUUUACUUUUGAUUUUUUUUUUAUGUAUGUUGUGUAUUGCUAUUCCAAAAAUUAGUUAUUUGUGGUCAGUACACUUUUUGUAUUUUGUUUUGUUUUUUUUCCCUGUGAGUUACUUUGUAAAUUAUACUUAAAAUUUUUAAUUCUGCUGUAAUUAGUCAUUGAUGCAGGUGGUGAAGGAUGUGUAUUUUCAUCAAUAAAAAGUUUUAUAUUGUA